AUGACACAAUUGGCGCCGAUUCCUCUUCGCACCUAUGUUUCUCUUCUGUCGAUCGAACCUCAAUCGGCCACCUCUUACUCAACCACGAUGCCCACCUCCUCGAGGUUGGAGGCGUUGGCUUAUCCUAAUAUCGUCUUCAAAACCCUAGGGUUCAAUUUUGGAUCCCCUGUCAUCCAAAACGAUGUCAUCCAAAACGAGUUAUUGAGCAUUUUUGUUGAUUCACCUAGGCACAUUGGCUCUUCUACUGAGAUCAGUGUUGUCUUAUGUAUCAGAUAUGGUGUAUUAGCUAAUGUUGAUUGCAGUAAAGAUGAUGGUGCCCUGGGAAAAAUUUUCAGUCUCCAAAACUAUGGAGAAAUAUUUCAUCUUUUCGUGACUGCUAACACAAGUGACAAGUAUUUCUCUGAAUAUCUGGUGCAUGGAGCAUACUUCACAUUUCAAAAGGUUACUGAAGAUUCUAAUGUCACCUUGUCCAAACAUCAGGACCCCCUCCUGGAUGAUAUUAUGUUUACAGUUACAACUGGUUAUGAUGAUCUAGGUGGAACAGCUGGUUAUGAUGAUCUUGGUGGAAGUAGUGUCAUUACUGGUGAGAACAAGAAGGGUGUGGAGAGCUCUUGGAUCUUGGAGAAGUUGAAUCAUAAAGGGAUUUAUGAAGUGAGAGAUAAAGAAAUGCUUGUUAGUGCUAAAAAUGGAAAAUAUGUUGUUAGCAAAGAUUUGAUGUUAAAGUGGCUGCAAUAUAUGUUUCCUGGGGCAAAUGGGAGUGGAAGUGAAGUUACUUAUGGUGAGCUUUAUUGGCUGGAAGAGUUCCUGUUGCGCUCCCUUAAGGUUUUAGAUGAUUCAAGUGAUGGUUUUACCGAAGGACUUGAAGUUGAACUAGCAAAUUUAUGUAGCAAGGGCUUUAAUGCAUCACUUGCUUCUGGUGGAUGUGGCUUGUACAUCACCUUCGAUCCUUAUGAGAAUGGUUGGGAAGUUGUGAAAAGAGGUGGGAAUGCACAUGUCAUUGGUGAAGUCCCACAUAAAUUCAAGAACGUUUUUGAGGUGGUGAAGACACCAAGGGAGGGUCCCAGUUUUCAUUACCAGUACUUCUCCUUAGGUGUGAUGAGUAAUAAGAAUGGGUGUCACAACUAG